AUGGCGGUGCUGGGCAAGCGCAAGGGCGACGGUGUCGAAGUGGGCAAAGGAGAGAGGGAUGAGGCUCCAUUGUGGACACCACCAGCAGAGCUCCUAGCCUCCUCCAACUGGACCAAGUUCACGCAGCAAGUGAACGAGCGCUUCAAAUUGUCGUUGGAGACCCCCCAAGAGCUCUGGAAGUGGUCGGUGGAGAACCUCGAGCAGUUCUGGGAGGCGUGUUGGGAAUUCACGGGCAUGGUCUCGUCUCAGCCGUACUCGAAGGUGAUCGAGGACAAGGACAAGAUGCCAGGCGCCAAGUUUUUCCCCGAAGCUCGGCUGAAUUUUGCUGAGAACCUGCUGCGCUUCCGAGAUGAUUGUCCGGCAAUCAUUUUCAAGGCGGAGACCAGCAACCAGGAAGAGGUCAUGUCGUUCAAGGAGCUGUAUGAACGAGUAGCGAAGUUGUCGGCGAGGCUGGCAGAGAUGGGCGUUGUGGCGGGAGACCGCGUUGCAGCGUACAUCCCGAACAUCCCGGAAGCAAUCGUUGCGAUGCUCGCCACCACCAGCCUCGGAGCAAUCUGGUCGAGCUGUUCGCCUGACUUUGGCGCCCAAGGAGUUUUGGAUCGCUUCGCCCAGAUCACACCGAAGGUCGUGUUCACUACGGACGGCUACUUCUACAAGGGACAACGAAUUGACAUAGAAGGUGGUGGUAGCAAGCAUGACCUGGACCUGUCAAAAAUCCGAGGGGCAGUCUACCACGACCGCUUUAUCGAGGAGGCCGUGCAGUCGGUGAAGGACACGAUUCCAUUCGCGCGGUUGCCCUUCGACCACCCGGUCUACGUCAUGUACAGCUCGGGAACGACUGGGCUUCCGAAGUGCCUCGUCCAAGGUCCUGGGGUUGUUUUGAACCACCUGAAGGAGCUCGCAAAUCAUCUGAAUGUCCAGCGGCAGGACCGCGUGUUUUACUACACGACCACUGGCUGGAUGAUGUGGAACUGGGUCGUGAGUACACUUGGAGUGGGGGCAACACUAGUUCUCUUUGAUGGCAACCCCCUGUAUCCAUCCCCAGAAGCGUUGUGGAAAUUCGGGCAGGACGUUGGCGUGACGGUAUUUGGGACAAGCGCGUGCUACUUGGCCGCCGUCAUGGACUCGGGAUGCGUUCCUGGCAAAACGUUUGACUUGUCCAAGCUGAGGCUGAUCACGUCCACGGGAUCACCAGCCAGUACCAAUAUCUUCAAGUUUGUGUACGAGGGAAUCAAGAGCGACGUACAGUUCGCCUCAAUCAGCGGAGGUACCGACUUAAAUGGGUGCUUUGCUCUCGGCUGCACCAAUCUACCAGUGCGUGAUAGUGAGCUGCAGACCCGAGGUUUGGGCCUGGAUGUUCGCAUCUUCGAUGACGAUGGCAAGGAGAUCCAUGAAGAGCAAGGCGAGUUGGUCUGCAAGCAGCCGUUCCCAUCGAUGCCGCUGUACUUUUGGAACGAUGAAAGCGGGUCCAAGUACCAUGGCGCCUGCAUUUGGAAGCAUGGCGACUUUGCCAAGGUCACGAACAGCGGUGGCGUGAUUGUCUGCGGUCGCUCUGAUGCAACGUUGAAGCCAGGUGGUGUACGUAUCGGGGCGGCGGAUAUCUACAAAGUUUUGGGGCGAAUGGAAGAAGUGGCGGACUCGGUGGUCGUCGGACAGAACUACACGCUGAAAGACGGCACCCCCGACGUCCGUAUUCUGCUGUUCGUAGUGAUGGCAACCGGCUACGAGUGUACGCCUGCCUUCCAGAAGAAGGUUCGCCAAUGCAUUCGUGACCAAGCCUCCCCACGCCACAUGCCUGGUAUGGUGGUGGCCUGUCCGGCGAUUCCUCACACCGUGAGUGGCAAGAAAGUAGAGCUCACUGUGAAGAAAAUCAUCGACGGCCAAACAGUGACCAACAAGAACGCUUUGCAGAACCCGGAAAGCCUGGCAUGGUUCGAGGAGUUCGCGACGUCUCUGCGUAACAAGGAGACGAAUGGCGCGUAA